AAUCCAUCUCAAAUUUGCUUUGAAUAUGGGGUCGAAGCGGACACUAAACAGACAAAAAGGCAAGAUGAGAUAGCGCGUUGGUCAUUGAUUUUGUCACUUUUACCUCAAACGAACGGGACCGGACAAUUUAGGGUCGUGCGGUGGAGUUGGCCUAACUCCAAUCUGCAGACGGAACAGACGCUGCCAUGCAUCCGCAAGAGGACAGCAGAGUAAAACACGCAACCAGCCGUAUGGGCUCCCUAAUUAACUGACGCCACCGUCCAGCUAUUGGUUUUGUGUAUAUAUCACGCAUCUUGCUCGUUGUUGCUCCGUGCGCUCUCGGUACAACUUUGUAUCUAGUGAUGAGUCAGAUGGAAGGAUUGGGAGAUGGCGAAGGGAAAAACGGAAGCCGGGGCCUGGCUGUGAGCACAGCUGGGGGUGAAGACGCGUUUGCAGGCGCCAUUGUUUCUGCCGUCGAGGAUGCCCAUCACGAGAGCGUUGCGCCGGUCCACUACAUUGGUCAGCAGGUGAGUGAAUGGUCAGCAGGUGUAUAUAUCACGGCAUUCCUUAGGCCUGAAAGAAGUUUUCUGCUUCUUGACACACUUGACUCUGGGCUCGAGUUUUCUUUUUUUUGCGGGAAGCCAGCGUCAAACCACGUUGACAUUAGCCUGAUCUGCCCAUUCGAGCCUACCAUUACGCCAGUCAGCAACAACACUUGGGGGCAUUUCUCCGUCAUACGCGGCGAAAUCUCUUUCUUCGUACCACGUCGUACGGACAAUGCCAGAUUUGAGUUCGGCGGGAUACGUUUACUGACCGACGAACCCCUGCACUACCACGUAAAUGUCUUCAAAGAUGGAGCGUGGUAUCUACAAGUCUCGAAAGCCAUGGACAGUGUGAUACAACGCUCAACCUUCAUCAGCAACCCAUACUGUGUGCUGCAACGAGAGGCUCUGUACAUGAUGUAUGAGGUUGGUAAAGUUGUGGCGUAUGACCUGCUCAAUGGAUCGUUCACGCGGGUCCAUCUCCCUCAAGACUUCGUUCUCAGCAGCUUGCAUGGUGGUGCGGACUACAGGUUGACCAAAUCCACCAUGGGUAUGCUAACCAUCGUGCAGGUGCAAGGUGUGCUGCUCCGUGUCCGGGACAGAGGGGUAUCUGGUAAAUGGAUCUUGCGGGCAAGCCUCCCCUUCCCAGUGAUGUUUGGCCUUUCCGAAGAAUGAACAAGGUGGGACGCUGUGUCCUAUUCUGUGAGGACACUUGCCGCCGACGAGACAGCACGCCACGUAGUUGCGAGGUUUGGAUACGGGUGUCUGUACUCCAUCGACACCGAGGCCAUACAAGCAACGUAGCUGCUCCCACACACCAACACCAUCCUAGUUUGCAAGGUUGUGCCAAUCAAUCUGAGGUGGCCGCCCAGGUUCCCUGGACACUUAGAUCAGUACUAAGUUAUCGUUAUGAAAUGCAAUCAUUUUAUUAUGGCCCGAAGGCUUAUCUUUGUAAUUCGGAUAUGUAUUUUUUAUCAUUUACUGCAGUGGGUCGAAACUCGUUGUUCUUUUCAGUGCGUGCAUUUGAUUUCAGUCAUGUUCAGUCAUCUUCUCACGCCUGGUUUAUGUAUUUUUCUGUGGUGCGUCCUAUAGUUUAGCUGUCACACCACCUUUUCUAAAAACGAAGGGAUCGGUGCUGACUCAUGCUCAACUUUUCUUAGGGUGAACUCUUUUGUUUUUCUACUUCGCGCAUAACUCUUUUUUUUCUGAAACGAUCAAAGUCAGGCCUAAAAAGCGACAAGAAACAAGUUCAUAAAAGUAUUUCUCAUCGGGAAUUCAAUGGCCUACUCGUCUCCACCUGAAAACCCGAGGGUUUCAAACAAACCGUAGCCCAGUCAUUUUUUUUUAAUUUCCCCAUUUUUCAUGCAAAAAAUUCAACCACCACGGUCAACGGGUGAACCCUAACUACUCACCCACCAUCCAAGCUCCCUCCCCCCUACCCGUUCCUCUCCCCUGGACGCUACCGCCGGCGCGGACUGC